GCCGAGACCCCCGAGACUCGUGUGUAGUAGCAGUUAGUCCGCGCGAACCGAUCGGAAGCUCCCCCGCGUCGCGGUGGGAUCCUGCGCUGACGUCGGCCGCCCACCUCACCUCCCCUGUAUAUAUCCCGGCUCCCGCGCCAUUGCACCAGCGCCUAACCAUCGCGACCCACACGAACCACGCCCGUGAGAGAAAAGAAGAGAGAGAGAGAGAGAGAGAGAAAAGUGAACGGGAGCCUCGGAACGUCAAGCGGGAAUACCGAACGUAGGAAGGGAGCAAUGUACCAGGCCAUCCCAUACAGCAGCGCCCGGGCGUGGCUCGUGCCGGCGCCGGCACCUGAGGUGGCCCUCGUCGCCGUGAAGCCGGAGCCGGUGGUGACCGUUGCGGCUCACGCGGAGGAGUCCCGGUCCGCGGCGGUGGCGGAGGACGACGCCAGGGCGGAGGUGGGGAGGGCCGUGGCGGAGAGCUCGGUGCUGGUGGUGGGGCGGCGCGGGUGCUGCCUUAGCCACGUGGUGAAGCGGCUGCUGCAGGGGCUCGGGGUCAACCCGGUUGUGCACGAGGUCGCCGACGAGGCCGUGCUCGUCGGGGUCGUCCCGGCCGAGGCCACCGCGCUCCCGGCGGUGUUCGUCGGUGGGAAGCUCCUGGGCGGGCUCGACCGGCUCAUGGCCGUCCACAUCUCCGGCGAGCUCGUGCCCAUCCUCAAGAAGGCCGGUGCCCUCUGGCUCUAAUUUAAUCACCUUUAUUUCGCCCCUUUUCGAAACGAAGGCAUCGUGAUAUAAUCCUGGCCGUUGGAUCGAGUUUUACACGGCGGUGGAUGUGUUCUAGGACUUUGAUUAUCUUUAGGGAUAGCAAAAAAUGAUAAUUCUAAUUAUAUAAUUUUAUCCAGUAAUAGUAUUUUGGUAGAGUGUGUGUGCAUGACUACUCGCUUCUUCCAUCAUGUGAAUACGGAAGACGAGCGAGGAGCAUCUGUACAGUACAGUCGCUUCCGUUUCUGAUUUAAUGAGAAUGCAUGAGCCGUCCACUUUCCCA